GAGAUCACAUGACCAUUGACCAACGUUGUUACUUUAAUAUCAAUAGUCAUCAUGAAGGUCGGAUAGUACUAUUUUAUUCUGUACGGUUAAUGAGAAGGACGAGCACAUCUAGCAUUUCUUGGAGGGAAUAAACUUGUGUGACCUGAAAGAAUGAGUCAUAGAGGGACAGAAAAUAUUUGGGUGAAACUAAGCACAGUAUUUCUUUUGUGGCAAACCCAUGCUGGCAAGUCAGCAACUUCACUACCCUUAUCUGGUACCUGUCACCGUAGGGUACUACAACCUCUUUACUACAAGGUUGGCUAUCGCAGCUGGAAAGACAUCCACCAUCUCAGGAUCAGGGGCCAUAAAGGAUGGCCAAUUAGGCAUGGACUCCACACCACCACCAUUUAUUUGAACACUUCAGCCUCACGUUGGUCUGCUCGUCUGAGCCACCACAUGUCGCGGGUCAGGAACACACUGGACACGCUUUCUAAAGCUGUGAGUGUGACACAAACGGAACUUCUCUCCAAAAUCGCCAGACUCAAACCUAAUGCUUUAAAGGGAGGGAAAGGUGCUAAUGCUGUUACUGAGGCAAAGCCAAAAGCUCAAGAGAGUGCAGACAUGAUUACGCCUCCUUUUACAUCAACAACACCCAACCCUGCAAUUCACUCAUCUUCUGCUAGUCCUUCUUUGCCUACUUCUGCUGCUACAUGUGAUGCAAGUGCCACUACCUUUACUCAUUCUCAAAUGACUGUCACUGCUACAGUCCCGACUGUGCAUGAACUUAAGGAGAAAAGACUGGGGCAUGUUGUUCCUGUUGUCAAAGCCAGUGGUGCCAGGAAGCAAGAGGAGCUGAAACCUUCACUGAAUGAUACCAAGAACAAGAGCACAACAUCCAUACAAACCAUAGAACUUUUUCAUCCCAGCAGCUUUUCUGUCAGCUUGGAUGAAACAUACAACUGCUUGGCCCAUCACAUCAACUCAUACUUUGAAAGCAUUGCAAAGACUCAGGAAAAGAAAGUUGACAUUGUUGACAGUUCCUCUGCUUCCUCUCAGGGUCAACAAACCAGUAACCACAUGUCAGUUACUGGGAAAACAGAUUCUACUGCUCCAGUUAACCCACCUUCCUCUAAGAAGGGUUUAGGACACUACCUGUCCUACUCAGGUCCAACUGUGCAAGCCUUUGUGGGAAGCUACAUUGCUCCCCUUGUUCCAAAGUUUAGGACAGCAGAGUCCAAAAGUACUGCUGUGGAGCAGAAGAAACCUGAAGAUGCAUCACUGAAACAGGUUGAGGCCACAGUUGGUAAAGAGCAGAAGGCUGCAGAGGAGAAAGCCAAGACACUUCUGCUCCAAAGAGAAAAGAUUAUUGCCAGGGUGAGUAUAGACAAUCGGACCCGAGCUCUGGUCCAGGCUCUCCACAGGGCAACAGAUGUAAGGGUCUACAUCAGCAGGGUGGAGGACCUCAGCUACCAUCUCCUUCAAUUUCCUGAGACUCGUGGUAUUGCAGUCAAGGAGAAGGUUAUCCCAUGUCUACUGCGUCUGAAGCAGGCCAGUGACCCAGGCCUGAGGGCAGCAGUUAGAGAAGCCCUCACUCUGGUGGGCUACCAUAAACCUGUUAAAGGCCGGGGCAUACGAAUCCUUGCCAUAGAUGGAGGAGGAUUAAGGGGACUUCUUGCACUUCAGACUUUACACAAACUGGAGGCCCUAACCGGCAAACCCAUUUAUAAACUGUUUGAUUACAUUUGUGGUGUCAGCACAGGUGCUGUCCUCGGGUUCAUGCUAGGGGUGUUCCAAGUUCCACUGAAUGAAUGUGACGAUCUUUAUCGGAAAUUGGGUUCAGAUGUUUUCAAACAAAACAUCAUUGUUGGCACUGUGAAGAUGAGCUGGAGCCAUGCUUUUUAUGACAGUGAAGCCUGGGAGAACAUCCUCAAAGAGAAAAUGGGCUCUCACCUCCUGGUGGAAACUUCAAGAAACACCGAAUGCCCCAAGGUGGCAGCAGUGAGUACCAUCGUGAACCGGGGCACUCCUCUGAAGUCCUAUGUGUUCAGAAAUUACAACCUACUCCCUGGGGUGCAUUCACACUACCUCGGGGGCUGCCAGCACCAGCUCUGGCAGGCCAUCCGAGCCACGUCAGCAGCCCCCGGGUAUUUCCAAGAGUUUACCCUGGGGAAUGAUCUUCACCAGGAUGGAGGUCUGCUGAUUAACAACCCCACAGCUCUUGCUAUCCAUGAGUGCAAGUGCUUGUGGCCUAACACGCCUUUAGAGUGUGUGGUCUCACUCGGUACGGGACGCUUUGCAUCCCCUGGCAAGAAUAGCACCACCUACACAAGUCUCAAAGCCAAACUAACCAAUGUCAUCAGCAGUGCCACAGACACUGAGGAGGUCCAUGCCAUGCUUGACGCCUUCCUCCCUCCCAACACUUAUUUCCGCUUCAACCCCUACAUGAGCGAAGAUAUUCCCUUGGACGAGAACCGGUAUGAGAAGCUCAACUUGCUGCAGGCUGAGGGCGUCCGUUAUCUGGAGAGGAAUGAGGAGAAGCUUGAGAAGGCUGCUCGCAUCCUCAAUCGAGAGAAACGCUCUGUCCAGAGGAUGGCAGAGUGGGUCAGGCGUAGGGCUGACAUGUAUACUGGUCUGUCUUUUUACUCCUCCAAGUUCUAGGUCCAACACGAGCCACCUCACGUGGAAACACUUUACUUAUUCUAAAUUGCCUGAAAUAUCACAUUACAAUGAUUAGUGCAUCAUAGUUUUCAACCUCUUGACCUGUAGCUGUGAAGAACAUUGAAACUAGCAUGCCAAACACUACUGUUUCUCUUCAGACAUACUUCAGAUAGUGAUUUCAGUGUGAAUGCAUAAAUAUGUAAACAUUUUUUGCUAAAUGUUUAACUGUUCCUUUAAAAAGCAGAAUACUGUAAAGUUCAACAGUAGGAAGUAAUGACUGCAUUAGUAGUUCAUCCAGAAUGUUUUUAUUAAUUGAGCACUUUUUUUUAAAGCAUUUGCUGUUAUUUUAUGACUGCAGUAUUUCCUCACAGACCUGGGUUUGUAUUCUCGCAUAAAAAUGUGUAGAUAGGCUGUGUGUUAUUGAAAUGUAGUAUUUGUUGAGCUAAACCAAUAUGUAACACUGUUAAACAGGAAUGUAAAGAAAUGACAAAAAAAAAUCCUGUUUUUGGACAGUUUGUCUAAUCGUGGUCAGUUUAACAUUUCUUAGUUAUAAUGAUGAAAAUUUGCACAUUUAACAAAGCAGCUACUGGUCAACUGUAAUUGUAUAUAGAUAAUAGUAACAUCAGUACAUGAGGGCCCAUUUCAAAUAGUGCAGUAUUCAAUAUUAUAGGUGAAUGCAUAUUUUUGAUUUUACAUGCAAAGACAAGUCAGUUAAAAAAAUAAUCAAGAAAACCUGCAGAGAGGUGUAAGUGGCAAAGAUGGUUUCCAGUAUUAAAUUCUAAUAACUCAUGAUUGAUGAUGAUUAAACAUAAUUGGCAAAUACAUUUCCAAAUGGAGCCUCACUGGUACAAGAAUUUUGAUAAUGAUAAUCAUUUUUAUUUGCCGGGUUUGUUAUAUACACACACACACACACACGGAGUUUGUCUCCGGUACAGAACCCAGGCAGCCAUUUGCGGCGCCAACUCAUGCAUACACUGAUGGCGGCACUGUCCCCGCAAGGCGCUGCUCUGGCCAUUGGGAGCAAUUGGGUUCAGUGUCUUUCCCAAGGACACUUUGACAUGUGGACUGGGGAGAAUGGGAAUCAAGGCACUGACCUUCGGGUUAGGGGACGAUGGAUCUAUCUCCUGUGCCACAGCCACCCCUUUUAUGUAUUGUUUUAAACUCAACAUAUUUGCUUUUAUUCUGCCUGAUUGUUUGGUUUCACAGGCUACCCACAUUAUGACCUCUGUCUCCUCUUUCCUUUUGAUACCGCUUCUCGAAAGACUGUUUCACUCUUUCUACCUUGAAGUGCUGUGUUUCAGUCCCCACUUUAAUGUGCUGUAAUGCUUGUUGAAAUAAUUCAGGUUUUAGCUGAAGGACUGACUUAAAACUGAUUGCUGCUUAUUGAUUUGUCAUGACUAAAGAUGGGCCGUGUGUUGUCUUUUGCUCUAAAUCUUGCACUGCAGGCGUUUUUACUUUGCCUAACCUGUCAAAGUACUGUAUAGCUGGUACAGUGUGUUGGGUGCUCCCAGAAGACCUGAGGUAAAUGGAUACAGAUAUUACACAGAUUAUUAGAAUUUCUCUCUUCUCCUGUUGUCCCCGUGUAAAGACUGAGAGUGUGUGUAAUUAAAACCCAUCAGUGAACCUUGCUGCAUGUUACCUCUUAAUUAUAUGAAGAUUAGCUGAUUGUGAUCUGAGGAAAGCUGCUGUGGAUCAUCUAAUGAAGACGGGAGGUGUGGAUAUUAAUUUGGUAACUUGUAUGCACAACUGCUUAAUUAUUCCAACAGAGAUCUGGAGUGAUAUGCACCGUCACCUUAAUUUCAAGGUGCUCGGCUUGUUUAGAGACAAAUUUAGAUUGAUAAAAUUACAACUGCAGGCACAUCUAGAACUGGCAGUGGAUAUUUUCCUUCUAAUUAAAAUAAAUUUUAUGUUGAAGUUUUUUUUUUUUUUCACUAGGUGUGUAAAGGUAGGGGUCUAUUUUUCAGUGAAGGUAAUUUUAAGACCCAUCCCUGAGUUGCUUGUCAUAAAAAGGCGAAUGGAGAGAUGAGAUGACUGUGCAAGGCUGUGCUCCGGCACCUGGGUAACAGCCCUGGCCAGUGAUGGAUCACAUUUCCCUCCAGCAUAAACACCUUACACAGACAGAGCUCUCCACCAACUGCUUACGGGCAUAAAAACACAACAAUGGCCACAGAAGCCAGAGGACACAACAAACAACAUCAGCAGUAGUCUGAGGGGAGCACAAUACAGGAUGUAAGCAGAGUAAAAAAAUCCUAAAUAUGUUUCAGUACUCACUGGUAAAAGGAGAUCAAAGUACUGAACCCUAUUGUUUGGAGAUGUCGAGUUGAUUGUUCACUCAGCAAAUAAAACUAUAUACCCUUA